AAUUUUUUUCUGUAUUCUAACCGCCUUUAAUUUUUUUGUAGGGUCGUCAUGUCAAAACAGGACAACUGGCAGCUAUUAAAGUCAUGGAUGUUACGGAGGAUGAAGAAGAAGAAAUUAAACUGGAGAUCAACAUGUUGAAAAAAUAUUCUCACCACAGAAAUAUAGCAACCUACUAUGGUGCUUUUAUAAAGAAAAGUCCUCCUGGACAUGAUGAUCAACUCUGGCUUGUCAUGGAGUUCUGUGGUGCAGGAUCCAUUACAGAUUUGGUGAAAAACACAAAAGGAAAUUCGCUGAAGGAAGACUGGAUUGCGUACAUCUGCAGGGAGAUACUCCGGGGACUGUCACAUCUUCACAUCCACCAUGUCAUUCAUCGUGAUAUCAAAGGGCAGAACGUAUUGCUGACAGAAAAUGCUGAAGUGAAGUUAGUUGAUUUUGGUGUUAGUGCACAAUUAGACAGGACUGUUGGCAGAAGAAAUACCUUUAUUGGGACACCCUAUUGGAUGGCACCAGAGGUCAUUGCUUGUGAUGAGAAUCCAGAUGCAACAUAUGAUUAUAGAAGUGACUUGUGGUCAUUGGGAAUCACAGCUAUUGAAAUGGCAGAAGGAGCACCUCCUCUUUGUGACAUGCAUCCAAUGAGAGCGCUCUUCCUCAUUCCCAGAAAUCCACCUCCACGACUGAAGUCUAAGAAAUGGUCAAAGAAAUUUUUCAGUUUUAUUGAGAGCUGUUUGGUGAAAAAUUACAUGCAAAGGCCUUCAACUGAGCACCUGUUAAAACAUCCAUUUAUACGUGACCAGCCAAAUGAGCGGCAAGUUCGAAUCCAGCUGAAAGAUCAUAUUGAUAGAACAAGGAAGAAGAGAGGAGAAAAAGAUGAAACUGAAUACGAAUACAGUGGGAGUGAAGAGGAGGAGGAGGAGUUGCCUGAGCAAGAAGGAGAGCCAAGCUCAAUUGUUAAUGUGCCUGGAGAAUCGACUCUUCGUCGUGACUUCUUGAGAUUGCAACAGGAAAACAAGGAGCGCUCUGAAGCCAUGCGUAGGCAGCAAAUCCUUCAAGAACAGCAGCUACGAGAACAGGAAGAGUAUAAAAGACAGCUUCUUGCGGAGCGUCAAAAACGUAUUGAGCAACAGAAGGAACAAAGGCGACGACUUGAAGAACAGCAGAGAAGGGAGCGAGAAGCACGAAGACAGCAGGAGCGUGAGCAAAGAAGGCGUGAGCAGGAGGAAAAACGAAAAUUGGAGGAACUAGAGCGCCGAAAGAAGGAAGAGGAGGAAAGAAGAAGGGCAGAAGAAGAAAAGAGGCGAGUGGAGAGAGAGCAGGAGUACAUCAGACGUCAGCUUGAAGAGGAACAACGUCAUUUGGAAAUUCUUCAGCAACAGUUACUCCAAGAGCAGGCCAUGUUAUUGGAGUACAAAUGGCGUGAAAUGGAAGAACAGCGACAGGCUGAGAGAUUGCAGCGUCAGUUACAGCAGGAGCAAGCUUACCUUCUAUCUCUCCAACAUGAUCACAGACAGCAAGAAAGGAAUAAACCUUACCCGGCACCAGAGCCUAAAUCUCACUUCGAAGCAACAGAUAGAAAUAGAGAGGUUGAUGAAAGGUUCAAGAAGAGUAACCAGGGUUCACCUCAAGCACAAUCAAAACAGAAUAGCAAAAUUUUGGAGCCUCCAGUGCCUUCUAGAUCAGAAUCAUUUUCUAAUGGAAGUUCUGAAUCCAAUCCAGCUGCAAUGCAAAGGCCCAUGGAGUCACAGGUUCCAAUGAGAGCCACACCUCGAUCCCCUGUGUUGUCUCGUCGGGAUUCUCCAUUGCAAAGCAGUGGUCAACCAAGUGUUCAAAGUGGUCCAAAAAGCUCCACGAGCAAUAUAGAGCCAAGACUGUUGUGGGAGAGGGUGGAGAAACUCGUACCAAGACCAGGCAGUGGCAGUUCCUCAGGCUCUAGCAACUCUGGCUCACAGCCAGGAUCUCAUCCUGGCUCUCAAACUGGAUCUGGUGAACGCUACAGGCUACGAUCAUCAUCAAAGUCUGAGGGUUCACCGUCCCAACGCCAUGAUAAUCUUAACAAGAAGGCAGAGGAGAAAAAGGACUUCAGGCCAAAUAGACCAGCUGGGGAUGUGUUUCAGGAUCUUGCUGCUUUGGCUAAAGAGCUUCGAGCUGUAGAUGAUGUUCGACCUCCUCAAAAAGUUACGGAUUAUUCUUCAUCAAGUGAUGAAUCAGGAACUACUGAUGAAGAAGAUGAGGAUCUGGAACAAGAAGGGACAGAUGAAACCGGACCGAUGUCAGAUGAUGCUCAGGCAGUACCUUCAAAGCUGAGCAAUGGCGAAACUGAAUCUGUGAAUACAAUGAUUGUUCAUGAUGAUCUGGAGCUGCUGACUGAAACUCCUGUUACUCCCUCUAAAGAUGGCACUUUAAUUGUUCGACAGAGCGCAGGUGAAUUAAAGCGUGCCAGCCACCAUGAGAGUAAUGGCUUUGCAACCCGCAUUCACCUCUUGCCAGAUCUCAUACAGCAAAGCCAUUCCUCCACCUCCCCAACCAGCCAGCAGUCUCCCAUCAUGUCCCCUCAGCUGCCCCCGGACGAGCUCACUACUAAUGAGAGCGAUUUUAGUGGUAGCGGUGGUCGCGCCAUCCGCCUCGCGUGCGACCACGAGGUUCCAACGGACCGUGUUCCUGAAAUCUCCCAUGAGCCAAUCGGAGUGUUCCGACCGAAUGGUCAAUCAGAGCACAGUAGUACCAACCACUCAGGGCGCGCCGAAGGGCCAUACAAUGCUAAAAAAAACCCGGGAAAGAGUGGUGGCGCGUGA